AUGAGUGUCGCAGAAAAACAGAAGAAAACCCUUCCUCCUCUACGAAGUAGAGUGAGGAAGAUGGGUGAUGCCAACCUACCCAAUAUGAAGGGACAGCUGAGUGCACGACCUGCGGAUUCUUUCAAAUCAAAGAAAAUCCGUGGCGAAGACGUGACACUACUGCUGAAAUUCCUUCAAGAAUCAUUUGAUCUUGAGCCUUCAACCACCCCGGCAGAUACGGUCUGUAAACUAAGACUAAAUAUGUCAAGUACAGACAACAAGAUCAAGCGGAUGACAGAACAGCUUAAGGGGACCGAAGUCCUCUUAAAGACUUGCAAAGAUAUCGCUGGAGUAUCCGGUCACCACGCUCCAGACGGUCUUGCUAAGUACUUUAGCUCAACAUGGAGCAGACAGCGCCACGUCAUCAAAAAGCUUCAGAAUAAAAUCCAGGAACUGAAAGAGAAUGGCCACACUCUUUCAACCGAAGACUCCAAAGACAAUCUUAGAGGGUCUAUUUUGGAUCUUGCUGGAGCGAUGGACGUGGACACAUCCAACUCAAACCUCUCAACCAUAGUCAAAGAGAUGAAAGACACCUUCACAUCAAUGAAGAAUGACGUCAUCAAUCUCAAUGACAUGGUCAAGGUCAAGAAGGAGAUCAAGAAUGUCCAAGAUCUUGAAAAGACGAGCUCCAAUCGCAUCGUCGAACUCGAGAACGGAAUGGACGAUCUCAAGAAAAGAAACAACUAUCUGACCCUUGACCUGGAGCAAUCCCAAGAAAAUCUCAAGUCAGCUACCAUCCUUGUCAGCGAUCUGGAACACAAGAUCCGUGAUCUUCAAAUUGGCAACGACAGGAAAGCACUUGAAAUCGAGGGUUUGCUUCAGCGCUACGAGGAAGCCGGAGAGAUUGUUUCUAACCUUCAAACAGAGCUGGAUGACACAAAACAACUUAACCAGUUCCUUAAUCUACAGAUCAAGGCAUUAGACAAUGCUAAGGUAGACGACGUUGCCGACUGGAAACAGCAAAAGAAGGAACUGGAAUCACAACUUGAGAGCCUGCGAACAGCUGAAUUUCAGGCAAACACUGAAGUUCUGUCUCUCAAACUGGAACUUGGUGAUAUGAAAGUUCAGAAAGAUGGCGCACUUGAAGAGUUGAAGAAACUACAAGUGAACGAGCCUAAGAAAGACAAUCAUAUCUUGGAGCUGGAGAAAGAAAUUGCCAUCUUGCAGAAAGAAAAGCUACAAUUGGAGACAAAACUUGAGGUAUUACCAAGAAAUCCAGUCAUUAAAGGAGAAUGA